ACCGGGACCAGUGGGGUGUGGACUACCCAGACUGUGCUGGUACUGUGCAGUCCCCCAUCAACAUUGACACGACCAAGACCAUCUUCAGCCCGCAGCUGCGGCCGAUCCAGCUCUCUGGCUACAGCCUGCCUGCCAACGAGAAGCUCAAGCUGAGGAACAAUGGGCACACAGUUCUCCUCGAGCUGCCCGAGUCACUGGCCAUCACUGGUGGCUAUGCCCAGCAGUACCGAGCUGUGCAGCUGCACCUGCACUGGGGUUCCCCGUCGGGACCUGGCUCGGAGCACACCGUCAAUGGGCGCCGCUUUGCCGUGGAGAUCCACGUGGUCCACUACAACACCAAGUAUGACAGCUUUAAGGAGGCAAUGGUCCACUCAGAUGGCCUGGCUGUACUGGGAGCCUUCCUGGAGGUUGGGCCAAGGGAGAACCCGUACUAUCAGGAAAUACUUCAGCAUCUGUACAAAAUCCAAAGAGAAGGAGAGGAAGUCUUGGUGCCUGGAUUCAACAUUGCAGGUCUGCUGCCUGCCAACCUGAAAUUCUACUUUCACUACAAUGGCUCUCUGACCACUCCUCCCUGCUACCAGACGGUGAAGUGGACAGUCUUCAACCAGACCAUGCUGCUCUCUCGUGACCAGAUGUCAACGCUUGUAAAGACCCUGAAAAAUGAUGACAACAAACCUCUGCAGAACAAUUACCGUCUGGUGCAGGACCUGCACGGACGACGGGUGCUGGCGAGUUUCCAGACCACCUUCUUUUUGGCGAAGCACGUGCCUUCUGAAGACAAUUCCAGCUCUUCGUUUCACGCUGGGGACGUGCUGGCCGUGCUUUUUGGGUUGCUCUUUGCUAUCACCGCGCUGUCCUUCCUGGUGUACAUCUAUAAGCACCGCAGCCGCAACGCACGGCUGGACUUGCUGACCAAAUCCAAGGUCAUCUACACGGCCGCCACCACCGAGAACACCGCAUGA